ACAGCCGGGUGAAGAAAUCCCAUUGGAAUCGAGAAAGUACAACGUUAUAAGAAUAACAGUCACAAAACAAUCCGGCAGCAGUAGUAUUCGUUUAGACAGUGUAGAACUUUCUACUUGUGGUGAACUUACAACAGUUUCAAUGGGAACAACUACACAACCAUCUACUAUAGAGGUUACAACAGCUACAGAAUGUGUUAAAGAAAAAGUUGUACUAGGCGAGUCUAAUAUUGAUACAAAUAACCCGUUGGCACCCUUGUCCACAAGCGACAAAGAUGCACUUCAAGAGAAAGACGAUAACAAGUUUGUUGAGACAAAUGAAUCUAUUAUGGUUCUGUUGAUUGACGGUUUAGACGAAGAAGUAAAUGGUGUAACAGUUUCUGGUGAUGGCAUUGCUACUAUUACCGUGAAGUAUAAUCUUCCAGAUAAUCCAGAGUUUAUAACUGUUCAGGCCCCAAAUGUACAGCCGGGUGAAGAAAUCCCAUUGGAAUCGAGAAAGUACAACGUUAUAAGAAUAACAGUCACAAAACAAUCCGGCAGCAGUAGUAUUCGUUUAGACAGUGUAGAACUUUCUACUUGUGAGUUAAUAGAAUGUCCUGACCUUGCAGAAGUAAAUUUCGCUACUAUAACGAAUAAGACUGGUAUAAACGAAAACGACAAUAUUACGUAUGCUUGUGAUAGUGAUAAUGUAUUGAAGUCUGGUGACCUGACUCGUCAAUGUAUGAAGGAUGAAACCUGGAGUGGAAGUCCUCCGGUCUGUGGCAUUCCAAAUCCAAAUGGAAUUUGUACGCUACCUGCAGAACUUAGGAAUACGGAAUGGAUUUAUGAGUAUACCAAACCAGAUAAUAACCAACCGGUAACAACUACACUUCAGUUUCAGAAUACAAUUUUACCAAAACAGUCAUCCAUGAGUGUAUAUACUUUAGGAACGAUAAUGGACGCAUGGACUUGCAUAUCUAACUUAACAAUAUCAGAUACAGAUUCUGUUGUUGUUUUUAAAAGCGAUACUAGUCAUUCAGCUGGGCCCUUUUCGGCACAAAGAUGGUUAUAUCUUUGUAUGAAACUCACAAAGGUCACAGACAACUUGUUUUACUUCUACUUAUUGUCAGAUGUGGAUACAACUGUAUUUCCGAACGAGAGGAUAUUCAAUCCAAAAGCAAAUAGUGUACCAGCUAAUACAGACCCAUUGUGUACUACCUUUUGUCAACAUUCAACAAUACCAAAAAGGCGCACACUACGAAAGAGAGGUACUACCGAUGUCAUGCCAAGUGAUGCACGUUUGUGUACGCCUUGUGAAAGUCCAUGUGAGGAACAGGUCAUUGUUUGUCCGGACCUUACUCCAGUACAUUUUGCUACGAUAACAAACCAGACUGGUACAAACUACCAAGAUACAAUAACUUACACAUGUAACACUGGCUACGAAUUGACGUCUGGUAGUCUGACUCGGCAAUGUAUGGAUGAUAAAACCUGGAAUGGAAGUCUGUCAGUCUGCGAGAUAGUAACUUGUCCAGGCCUUGCAGACGUGAAGUUCGCUAAAAUAACUACUCAGACUGGUUCAAAUUUCCAAGACAUCAUGACGUAUGCUUGUAUCACUGGGUAUGAAUUGACGUCUGGUAGCUUAACUCGUAAAUGUAUGGCCGAUGGAACCUGGGAUAGAAGUCAUCCAGUCUGCGAGAUAGUAGCUUGUCGAGGCCUUGCAAAAGUUAACUUCGCUAGAAUAACGUCCCAGACUGGUAAAAACUUCAAGGACACAAUAACGUACGCGUGUGCCAAAGGCUAUAAACCAAAGCAUGAUAGUCAUUUAACUCGAACUUGUAAAGCUGAUGGAACCUGGAAUAAUCAUCCUCCUAUUUGUAAGAAGAGUUAUGGUCAUGGUUAUUGUUAUGACUGUUGUCGAGAUCAUCGAAAUCAUCGUCGUCGAAGUCAUCGUCGUCGUAGUCAUCCAAGUCAUUCAAGUCGUCGAAGUCAUCGCAGAAGUCACAGUCGAAGUAGUCAAAGUAGUCGAAGUCAUCGGAGUAGUCAAAGUAGUCGAAUUCAUCGUCGUCGUAGUCGUCCAAGUCAUUCAAGUCGUCGAAGUCAUCGCAGAAGUCACAGUCGAAGUAGUCAAAGUAGUCGAAGUCAUCGAAAAAGUCGUAGUCGAAGUAAUCAAAGUCAUCGAAGAAGUCGAAGUAGUCAAAGUCAUCGGAGUCGUAGAACUUAGUGAAAAUUGAGAUAAUGUAUCUAAUAUACGGCAAGACUAUGGAGUAAGAUGUUUAUAGAAUUUAUGUAACUGUUGUAGAUAAAAAAAAAAUAAUGAAUGUUAGCAACACAUAUAUUUACAACAGAACUAAUUAUAGGUUUCAUAACAAGUGAUAAUGGAAUAUCGCUUGAAAUCAACUCAUACUACAAAAUUAAAGUCAUAUAAAUCAA